CAACCUACAUUUAAGAGUUUCUCUUUUUUUGCUGACAGAAAAAGGAAAAAAAUCUAAAGAAGCCCCAGAGAUCCAAAAACUAGUUCAACUUAUUUAAUUUCGAACGCGUAAAAACGCACGGCAGUUCCCCAUGGCGCAAAUCUGUAGGCAAAUCACGGGAAGUGGGGCGAGCUGCGCGGGCUGGGUCGGCCUCAUCGUCGCCACGGCAACCAACGACUGGGUCCAGACCUGUGACUAUACGGUGGCUACUUGCGUUCGCAUGGACGAACUGGGCUCCCGGGGCCUCUGGGCAGAGUGCGUAAUUUCUCCAGCUCUGUACCACUGCGUGGCUCUGAACCAGGUUUUCUCGCUGCCAGCCUACGUCCAAACCUCUCGUGCUUUGAUGAUCUGCGCAUGUCUGCUGGGUCUGCCUGCGAUGCUGUUGGUGCUCAUGUCGAUGCCUUGCGUGCGGCUGCCGAACGACACCGCGAUCAUCAAGAAGCGCCGCGCCCGAGUAGGAGGUGUCUUCAUCAUCAUCAUGGCUGUGUGUGGCAUCGUGUCGACUGUCUGGUUUCCCAUCGGCGCUUACAAAGAGGAACAUCUGAUGUCGUUUGGCUUCUCUCUGUAUGCCGGCUGGGUUGGUAGUGGUCUCUGUCUGCUGGGCGGCAUUGUGAUAAUGUUUUGGAACCUCACCUACAUGGCCACCCCAUCCAGGGACAACAGCUUCUACUACUCCAGACAGGGGGGCGCAGCUACGCUACUAGACCCCCCAGCCAACCAUGCAAAGAGUGAACGUGUGUGAUGGCCUCAGGGUCUGCCGUCGGCCAAGUUCAUCCAUUUUCCUUUUGACAUAUGGCUGACAUAACUGUAACUUUAUCUUUAAAAUAAAAAUUAAAUGUUAAUGCUUUUUGAUAACACAAUUUUACUCAACAGAAUAAAUGUAGUUUUUCCCUUUAAGUACAAAAUCCACUUGUUUUUCGUUUUUUUGUCUCUGUCUUCAAAUAGAAAUGGACCAAAUGGAGUUAGAGGCAAGUCUGUCCAUUUUAAAAAUAAAAACUGUCUUGUCUGGCCUUUGGGUGUGAGUGUGAUUGAUGUUUCUUCCUUUUCAUCACAUACUGAUGUUGGUCAGC